CCUGCGGUGCGUGGCCGGUAACAUCGUCGCUGCCUUCACUCCUGACUGUAUCUCUUGUAUGGAGACAGCGGUGGGGUACGCGGUGUUCAACGCUACAAAGAGUCUCUCCUACCUGUAAUUGCUCUCGUUAGCACCGGUUCAUAACACGUUCGAGUUAUACAUUACAUAGAAAAGCCUCCUUUUAAUUGACGCUAUGACUGGACAUUUUUUUCCCCCCCGGCCAGUGUUUAGUUCACUUCGAUAUUAAGCUUGUAUGCGGCAUUCAAGACACGCAGCGUUUAUUUCCAUUAGUUGUAACUUUUGGAAAUGGUCGGCAGUGAUGGUUCGCUUCACCUCGAUGGCGACAAUUGACGUUGGUGGAUCCCAUUCAAGCCGAAAUGAAUGAUUAUUCGAUAGUGGUUCUAAUUCUCCAAAUAUAAUGCGUUAUGUUAUGCGAUCUGAAAACCAUUGCAGAUGACACCAGCCACUUUAAAUUGCCAACAAAUGUUAACGGAGAUUGGUGUGUUUGCCUCAACACCACAGUCAUUGGGGCAGUGCUGCUUUUACUAGCUCUUAUAGAUGCCGGUAUCCGCUCAGUGGAACUACUGUAAUGUAGCCUACAAGUCAAACAACCGGUUUGAAAACGGUGUAUUGACAAUGCUACCGCGGUGUUCGCCCAAGCUGAUUUCAAGAAGCUGUCGUGCUGGCUUAUCCAGACUUCAGUAGCUUUAUUUAUCACCCUCAGUGUUCUGCCUUCAUUUUAGUGAAAUUAGGGGGACUGCAUUAAUUACAUGCCUGGUUAAAAUAAUCCCUGCACUCCAAAACUAGCUAAUCCAGUGGUAACUGUCGUACGAGUGGUCUGUUGUUAUUGCAACACCGGUGGUGUUGCCUUCACAUUCUGCACUGGUAGAUACUAAUGAUAAACCACGCUUAACACCCUACAGAGAGGUUUUGCCCAGUACGGGAGCCUUCAGGCCACUGAGGCCACCAGCCAUCACGGGCCUUACCUGUACAAACGAAAGUACCAGGGUAUCUGGAGAAUGAACGGCAGAUUCCUCCUUGAUACCAAAAUUCUGGACUCACCGUUUCCUCUUCCGGUUUGGAGGGGUGGCCUUUACUUGUAUUGUAGGGGCAGGGCUGCUGGAUGUGAAGGAACUGAAGAAUACCACCGGGUUGAGAUUAGAAAGUAGCUGAGAGUCCCUCUUGGAUAGUGACUGGCACAAGAGUCUCUGUCUAAGCCAUAUUUGAGUAGCACCAAAAAAAUGGUUUAUAACAUGAAGACACCGGAACUCAGUGUAGUUUGCUGACUUGACCAUGUGGUUGAGGAACUGGCAGACAGUCCACCAUCUUUCUCUCCAACCACAUUGCCAGCUUUGUUUGUCUAUGAGGCUUAAAGUGAUUAAGCAUGGAUGACAUAGUCAUAGCAGGCAUAUCAGGCCGUUUGCCUGAGUCCAACAAUCUGGAGGAAUUCUGGGAAAACCUUCUCAAUGGUGUGGACAUGGUGACAGAGGACAACCGACGGUGGACACCAGGUCUGUAUGGUCUUCCAAAGAGGAACGGUAAACUGAAGGACAUCAGCCACUUCGAUGCAGUCUUCUUCGGAGUCCACCCCAAACAGGCCAACACUAUGGACCCCCAGCUCCGUCUCAUGCUGGAGAUUGCCUAUGAGGCUAUUGUAGAUGGAGGACUGAACCCGGUUACACUGCGCGGCAGUAAGACGGGCGUUUACAUCGGGGUGAGUGGCUCGGAGGCUGGCGAGGCAUUCAGCAGAGACCCAGAGGAGCUGCUGGGCUACAGCAUGACUGGCUGCCAACGCGCCAUGUUGGCCAACAGACUCUCCUACUUCUUUGACUUCAGUGGCCCCAGCACCGCCAUCGACACAGCCUGCUCCUCCAGCUUGCUGGCUUUAGAAAACGCCUUCCACGCCAUUCGCCAGGGCCAGUGUGAUGCUGCUCUGGUGGGGGGAGUCAACUUGCUGCUCAAGCCAAACACCUCAGUACAGUUCAUGAAACUGGGCAUGCUCAGUCCUGAGGGGACCUGCAAGUCCUUCGACGCAUCAGGAAAUGGAUACUGCCGCUCUGAGGCAGCAGUGGCAGUACUGCUGACCAAGCGAUCAGUGGCUAAAAGGGUCUACGCCACAGUGGUCAAUGCUGGCAACAACACAGAUGGAUACAAAGAGCAAGGUGUAACGUUUCCAUCAGGUGAAAUGCAGCAGAGGCUGGUUAGGUCUCUCUACCAGGAGGCGAAUAUAACUCCUGAGCAGGUGGAAUACAUCGAAGCCCACGGCACCGGAACAAAGGUUGGGGACCCGCAGGAAGUGAAUGGCAUUGUCAGUGUGUUCUGUCAAUCAAAGCGAGAGCCUCUGCUUGUUGGCUCCACCAAAUCCAACAUGGGCCAUCCAGAGCCAGCCUCUGGUCUGGCUGCCCUGGCAAAGGUGUUGCUUUCUUUGGAGCGAGGAGUCUGGGCUCCCAACCUGCACUUCAACAGUCCUAAUCCUGACAUUCCCGCCCUCACUGAUGGUCGGGUGCAAGUCGUUGACCGGCCUAUUCCCAUCCGAGGAGGCAUAGUGGGCAUCAACUCUUUUGGAUUUGGGGGUUCAAAUGUUCAUCUGAUUCUACGUCCAACUGAGAGACCAGCUGAGGCAACUGCACCGCCCAGGACGAUUCCCAGGUUGCUUCAGGCCUGUGGCCGUACAGAAGCUGCAGUGAACACCUUGCUCCAAAAGGGGAAGGAACACGCUGCAGAUGACAGCUUCCUGUCUUUGCUGAAUGAGAUUUCAGGAGUUCCCACUACCAGCAUGCCCUACCGAGGCUACAGUCUGGUUGGCUCUCAGAGUGACAUUAUGGAAGUGCAACAGGUGCAGGCCUCUGCCAGGCCGCUCUGGUAUAUCUGUUCAGGUAUGGGAACACAGUGGGCAGGUAUGGGCCGCAGUCUCAUGCAGCUGCAAGACUUCAGAGAGUCCAUCCUGCGGUCCGACGCAGCCCUGAAGGACAUCGGCCUGGUGGUGUCUCGAAUGCUCAUGGAGGCUGACGAUGCUACUUUUGAAGACACUGUUCAUGCCUUUGUUGGCCUUGCUGCCGUACAGAUAGCUCAGAUCGACCUGCUCACUAAGAUGGGUCUGCAGCCCGACGGCAUCAUAGGACACUCAGUGGGAGAGCUGGCCUGUGGCUAUGCCGAUGGCUCCCUCAGCCACAGUGAGGCUAUCCUGGCUGCCUACUGGAGAGGCCGCUGCAUCAAGGAGGCCAACCUUCCUCCAGGAGGCAUGGCUGCAGUCGGGUUGACCUGGCAGGAGUGUAUGGCUCAGUGUCCUCAGGGAGUCGUACCCGCCUGCCACAAUGCUGAGGACACUGUCACCAUCUCUGGUCCUCAGGACGCAAUCAAUAAAUUUGUGUCCGAGCUAAAAGAGCAGGGAGUGUUUGCAAAAGAGGUGCGCAGCGCUGGCGUUGCUUUCCAUUCUUACUACAUGGCCUCCAUCGCUCCUACCCUGCUAGCUGCUCUAAAGAAGGUGAUCAAGGAGCCGCGGCAGCGUUCGGCACGCUGGGUGAGCACCAGCAUUCCUCAGUCUGAUUGGGACUCUCCUCUGGCUCUGUAUAGCUCAGCUGAUUACCAUGUCAACAACCUGGUGAGCCCUGUGCUGUUCCAGGAGGGCCUCAGUCUGGUUCCUGAAAAUGCUGUGGUGGUGGAGAUAGCACCUCAUGCCCUGCUGCAGGCCAUCCUGAAGCGUAGCCUGAAGCACACAUGUUCCAUCCUCCCCUUGAUGAAGAGAGGCCACACCAACAACCUUGAGUUCUUCCUCUCUAACAUUGGCAAAGUCUACAUGAAUGGCAUCAAUGUGAAUGGUAAUGGCCUUUGCCCAGCCGUGAAGUACCCUGUGCCAGUUGGUACCCCUUUGAUCUCUCCCUUGGUGCACUGGGACCAUGCCCAGACCUGGGAUGUCCCCAAGGUCGAGAAUUUUUCCUCUGGCUCAGGAGGAUCCAAUUCUGCCACCAUCUAUAACAUUGACAUAAACCCAGAGUCUCCAGACUAUUACCUGAUUGGACACUGCAUUGAUGGACGUGUCCUCUACCCGGCAACGGGUUACCUGGUGCUGGCCUGGCGUACCUUUGUGAGAAGUCUAGGGGUUGUCAUGGAAAACACUCCUGUAACUUUUGAGGACGUCACCAUCCACAGAGCCACCAUCCUACCAAAGACCGGCUCUGUCCAGUUGGAGGUGCAUCUCAUGCCUGCCACCAACAGGUUUGAGGUUUCAGAGAACGGAAACCUGGCUGUCAGUGGUAAGGUGAGCAUUCUGGAGGAUGCAGCCCUCAAUUCAUUCCAUUGUCAGAUAAGCAAGCAAGCUGCCAACGACGGUGGUGACCCCAAAAUGAAGCUUACAGCACAUGAUAUCUACAAAGAGCUGCGACUGCGCGGCUAUGACUAUGGGAAGACCUUCCAAGGCAUCCUGGAGUCCAACAAUGCAGGGGACAGCGGGAAGCUGCAAUGGACAGGAAACUGGGUGACCUUUCUUGACACCAUGCUGCAGAUGAUCGUCGUCGGGCUGUCGGGUCGUAGUCUGCGCUUGCCAACCAGAAUCCGCUCAGUCUAUGUUGAUCCAGCCGUCCAUCUGGAGAAGAUCUGCGAGUACACUGAUGGAAAGCAAGCUGUGGAUGUCCACGUAAGCCGUUGCCUUGACAACAUCGUUGCUGGUGGAGUCCAGAUCUGCGGCCUGCAUGCCACGGUGGCCCCGCGUCGGCAGCAGCAGCAGAGUCCCCCUACCCUGGAGGAGUUUAUGUUUGUUCCCUAUGUGGAGACAGAGUGCCUGACAACCAAUGGGAAACUUGCAGAGCAGCUGAGGCUCUGCAAAGGUUUAAUCCACAGACUGCAGCGAAAGUUGGCCCCUCACGGUGUCAAGAUCUCCAUCCCCGGGCUACAAGGGGAGUCAGACAGCCCUCUUCCUAGCCCUGAACCCUCUCAGCCCGGCCUUGUACGGCUGCUGGCCCUGCUUUGCAGCCUGGAGCUGAAUGGGAAUCUGCACUCUGAGCUGGAGCAGACGGUGGAGAAGGAGAGGGCAUGUCUGCUGCAAGACAGCCUGCUGCAGGGCCUCCUAGACAACCCUGCCCUCAGACACUGCCUGGACAUCACCAUGGAAAACAGCAUGCCUGGCAGGAUCAAAGUCCUAGAGGCUCUCUCCAAUGAUGGCCAGCUCUUCUCUCGUGUGGUACCCCUGCUCAACAUCCAGCCCAUGCUGCAUGUGGACUACACUGCCACGGCGACCAACCUAGACCUUCUGACCACCCACCAAGCCACCCUAGAGGAGCUGGCAGUUGCUUCAGCUCAGUGGGAUCCCCUGAUGGGUCCGGCUCCCGGAGGCUUGGUAGGAGGGGCAGACCUAGUGGUGUGUAACCACGCCUGGGGCCCGCUAAGCUUGGACCCUGGACUGCUGAUGUCAAAUCUGUCUUCUGGAGCCAAACAAGGAGGGUUUGUUCUCCUCCACACCCUGCUGAAGGGAGAAACUCUGGGGGAGACAGUUGCCUUCCUCUCCAGCACAGCUCAGAGCAGAAGCCAGAAAGGACUACUCACACAGGCCGAGUGGGAGAAGGUGUUCUCUCAGGUCUCCCUCAACCUGGUGGCUGUCAGGAAGUCUUUUUAUGGCUCGGCCCUCUUUCUUUGUCGCUGUCAGUCUCCGGGCAAACAGCCCGUUUUCCUUCCUGUGGAAAACACCGACUACAAUUGGGUGGAAACACUCAAGGAAAUGAUGGCAGAGUCAUCAGACAGUCCAGUGUGGCUGACUGCCUCUCAGGCUAACUGUGGCAUUGUGGGAAUGGUCAACUGUCUUCGGCAGGAGCCAGGUGGCAACCGAAUACGCUGUGCAUUUGUGUCCAAUCUAAACAAUUCUUCAGUAGCACCAAGCCUCCAGCCGGCCCAUAAGUCUAUGCAGUCAGUCCUGGAAGGGGAUCUGGUUAUGAACGUGUUCAGAGAUGGACAUUGGGGCGUCUUCAGACACCAGCUCAUCACUCGCGAUCUAAAUGAAGAGUUGACGGAGCAGGCCUACGUCAAUGUGUUGACUCGAGGUGACCUGUCGUCUCUGCGAUGGAUUGCCUCCCCACUCGGCCACUUUGUUGCCAGCGACACCAACGUGCAACAAUGUCGCGUCUACUAUAGCUCGCUCAACUUCAGAGAUAUAAUGCUUGCCACCGGCAAACUGCCACCAGACGCUAUUCCAGGAGAUAUGGCUCUACAGCAUUGCAUGCUGGGUAUGGAGUUUUCCGGUCGUGACCCCAUUGGUCGGCGUGUGAUGGGGCUGCUACCUGCUAAAGGCCUGGCGACAAGCGUGAAUGCUGACAAACGGUUCCUCUGGGAUGUUCCCUCCAGUUGGACACUGGAGCAGGCCGCCUCCGUGCCAGUGGUCUACGCCACGGCCUACUACUCUCUGGUGGUGCGUGGCAGGCUCCGCCAUGGGGAGACUGUUCUCAUCCACUCGGGGUCGGGCGGGGUGGGCCAGGCUGCCAUCGCCAUAGCACUCAGCAAGAACUGCAAAGUCUUCACUACAGUCGGCUCAACGGAGAAGCGGGCCUACCUGCAGGAGAGGUUCCCUCAGCUCUCGGCAGAGUCCUUCGCUAACUCCAGAGACACCUCUUUUGAACAGCACAUCAUGCUCCACACACAGGGCAAAGGCGUGGAUGUGGUGCUAAACUCUCUGGCUGAGGAGAAACUGCAGGCUAGUAUUCGCUGCUUAGCCCGACACGGGCGAUUCCUGGAGAUCGGCAAAUACGACCUGUCCAACAACUCUCCACUGGGCAUGGCUCUUUUCCUGAAGAAUGUAGCAUUCCACGGCAUCCUGCUGGAUGCCCUCUUUGAAGAGGGUAACCGGGAGUGGGAGGAAGUGUCCCAGCUCCUGAAGGAAGGCAUUGUGGGAGAUGUAGUUCAGCCUCUAAAGACCACGGUGUUUGAGAGGGACCAGGUGGAAGAGGCAUUCAGAUACAUGGCUCAGGGCAAGCACAUUGGCAAGGUCGUCCUGCAGGUCCGUCAUGAAGAGAGGGAUGCCGGAGUUAAAACCUUUUCCCCUUUGUCUCUCUCGGCCAUCUCUCGAACUUUCUGUGUCGCCUCCCACGCCUACAUCAUCACUGGCGGACUGGGGGGCUUCGGUCUGGAGCUCGCUCAAUGGCUGAUUGAGAGAGGAGCUCGCAAACUGGUGCUGACUUCCAGAUCAGGCAUCAGGAAUGGAUACCAGGCAAAGCGAGUGCGCGAAUGGCAGAGUCAAGAUGUGGAGGUACUGGUGUCAACCAGUGAUGUCAGCACGCCGGAGGGAGCAGAGCGACUCAUCGCCGAGGCCGGUGCACUGGGCCCAGUGGGCGGUGUCUUCCACCUAGCCAUGGUGCUGAAAGACGGCAUGUUGGAGAAUCUGACCCCUCAGCUCUUCCUUGAUGUUAACAGACCUAAAUAUGACGGCACCAUAAACCUGGACAAAGUGACAAGAAAGUCGUGUCCAGACCUCAGGUACUUUGUGGCCUUCUCCUCGGUCAGCUGCGGGCGUGGCAACGCUGGCCAAAGUAACUAUGGUUACGCCAACUCCGCCAUGGAGCGUGUGUGUGAAAAGCGCCGCUACGAUGGCCUGCCUGGCCUGGCAGUCCAGUGGGGUGCCAUUGGUGACGUGGGCGUAGUGCUGGAGAGUAUGGGUGGCAAUGAUACAGUGAUUGGUGGCACACUACCACAGCGCAUCCACUCCUGCAUGGAGGUGCUUGACUUCUUCCUGUGCCAGCAGCAGCCGGUGAUGUCUAGUUUUGUACUGGCAGAGAGGAUGGUGGUAAAGAGCGAGGCGGGAAGCCAGAGGGACUUGGUGGAUGCUGUAGCUCACAUUCUGGGUGUGCGGGACGUGAACAGCCUGAAUGCUGAAGCCUCACUGGCUGACCUGGGACUGGACUCCUUGAUGGGCGUGGAGGUUCGUCAGACUCUGGAGCGUGACUACGACAUUGUCAUGGCCAUGAGGGAGAUCCGCCAGCUCACCAUCAACAAGCUGCGAGAGCUGGCCAGUAGCAAACCAGGAGGAUCAAAUGAAUCUCACCACGCUACAGCUAAGAGGGACGGCAUUCACGCUUUGUUGGAAACUGAUCUGACCAAGCUACUAGUCAACCCCAAUGGCCCCACGGUGACACCACUCAACAAGGUUCAGAACCAGGAGAGGCCGCUGUUCCUGGUCCAUCCCAUUGAGGGCUCCAUUGCCGCCUUUAAGACGCUCGCCUCCAAGAUUAGCGUGCCUUGCUACGGUCUGCAGUGCACGAAAGCUGCUCCUCUUGACAGCAUCCAGUCCCUGGCAACCUACUAUUUGACCUGCAUCAGACAGGUUCAGCCAGAUGGGCCGUAUCGAAUCGCUGGCUACUCCUUUGGUGCCUGUGUGGCCUUCGAGAUGUGUUCUCAGCUGCAGACCCAGAGUCAGGCAGUGGAGUACCUCUUUCUGUUCGAUGGAUCACACUCCUAUGUGGCUGCAUACACACAGAGCUACAGAGCCAAGCUGACACCAGGGAAAGAGUCUGAGGCGGAAACUGAAGCCUUGUGUGCCUUCAUCCAGCAGUUCACCGGCAUCGAGUACAACAAGCUUCUGGAGACUCUUCUCCCGCUGUCGGACCUGGAGGCCCGUGUCAACGCGGCGGUGGACCUAAUCACCUCCAGCCACAAGAACAUCAGCCGAGACUCGCUGCACUUCGCAGCCACCGCCUUCUACUACAAACUAAAGGCCGCCGAAGGCUACAUGCCUGCAACAAAGUACCAUGGCAACGUGACGCUACUGCGCGCCAAAACCAGCAGCGAAUACGAACAAAACCUGGGAGCUGACUACAAGCUCAGCGAGGUUUGUGAUGGCAAGGUGUCAGUCCACAUCAUCGAGGGAGACCACCGCACCUUCCUGGAAGGAGAGGGGGUGGAGUCCAUCAGCAGCAUCAUCCACAGCUCACUGGCUGAGCCGCGGGUCACGGCGAGGGAGGGCUAGAUAUGCCCUCACCAGCCACACCCUCCACCGUCACACUAAUUCCACAACAUUCCCGAAAUGGGCCUCUUCCUCCCAGUAGUUCACAUCGUAGGUUUAACUUAUAGAAUAAGUUAAACGGUAUAUAAUACAGUAAGUCUUUGUUUACAUUGUGUGUCCAUUUGCCCUAAUAUCCCAAAUGCACCUUAUUCCUUCUUACUGCACCUUUUGAAAUCUCAUUGGUCAAGUCAUGCAAUAGACACUCUCCCUAACCUAUCAGAGCUCUUGGUAGUCUUUCUAUUGGGUAAAUAAAAUAUGCUGUCAUUCAUGUACAGUAUUUAUGUCAUAAAACCUGUUUUCACCACAUUUAUAAUUAAGAGUAAUAUUAUAAUUACUAAUAAUAUUAGUAAUAUUAUGAUAUAAUAUUACAAUAACAUUGUGAUGAUAUUAUCCAUAGACCGUAGCGAUCGAUGAAACAGAUGGUUUUCACAGGACAUCAUGAAAAGACAGUUUUAAAUUCACCGCGUAUUCACAAGGGGUUUGUUUCUAAUUCGCAGUGCAAUGAAUUAUCAGUGCUCCUGAAAUACCCUCAUGCCCUGAUACUAAGGAUAUCUAAUUAUGCAUGUUCGUAGCCUCACCACUAUCAAAUUGUUGGACCUCAAAAUGUCUUUGCCGUGAAAAAUAAUCGUCAGCACCGGGCACCUCGGUCGGUGUGCGCAUCAGUUGUAUUUCUGUAAUGUACUGCAGCUUCAAUGCAACAGACAUGCAAAUCGUGUUAUCUGGCUUCGCCUCUCAGUACAUUAUUUUUACGAGUUAACAGCCAGUUGGCUAAAGUGCCAUUUAGGUAAUAAGUCAUCUCUCAUCUGCAAUGUUGACCCGCAACUCUCACCUUUUAUCCUGCAGUACUUCAAAAGGAAAUGUGUAGAAAACGAGCUUGUCCUAUUAAGCCAGACAGAUAACUUGUUAGUGGACAACUUGCAUCCUGACUCAUAUUGAAUUGUGCAUGAAAUGAGAUCACACCGCUAGGCAGACAGGCAAUGUAUAUAUCUGAUUAGAUGAGUGGGUCAGUCCUGGCCAACCGACAAACUCGCUGAGUCUAGUGGUUGCCAACAAAUGAUGGACCUCUUUAGGAACACAAGGUCAGUGGUGUUGUUCUGAUGGUGAAAAUCAGUGAGAGUUAACAGUAUUUUAAUAGG